UACGCAUGCGUAGAUCUAGGCUAUGUCAGUUGUGAGUCGAUUUCAAGUCCUUAGUCUAUACCGGCGUAUGCUGAGAGAGAGCCAGAAAUUUACCGGUUACAAUUACAGAGAGUAUGCUCUGAGGAGAAUACGUGACGCGUUCAAGGACUCUAAGUCAGUCAACGAUACAGAAGUUGUGAUUUCUCUUUUGACUAAGGCAGACAAGAGUCUACAACUGCUGCAGAGACAAACUCUGAUGGGGAGAAUGUACUCACAACCGAAGUUAGUAUUGGAGAAGCAACUGACCGAUAGCUAUCACUAGAGUUACUGCACUAAAUAGCAUGUGUUGUAUACAAUGACUGUGUUGGUUAAUUAAGAUGAG